GAGAGCGGCACAGUGGCGGACGGACGCUCCAGCAGUUGACUCGCAGUAGGCUAGUACACCAAGGCAUCAUGCACAAGCUGUUGAUCUUCUCCUUCCUUUGCGCGGCGUGCGCGGCCGCGGCCGAGGUCACUGACUCGGCCAUGGACGAGCUGGACCCGCGCUUCCUUUUCAUCAACACCACCAACCUCGUCCCGCUGAGCUCGAGCGCUCUGCUGGCCGGCCUCGGCUCGCUGGUCAUGCUCGUGCUAUUCGGCCUGCUCAUCUGGCUGGUCAUCUCCCUCGUCAUCCCAAAAUUCGACGACGGCUAUGACUCCUAUGGCAGCUACGGAGGCUAUUCGGGCUCCUCCCAUUCCGGAUAUCAGGCCAGGUCUGCUGACCCGUACUCCGCUAUCUGGGACAACCUCUCCGUGCUGGACUGGAUCGCCAUGAUGGAGGAGCUGUACCGGAAGUUCGACGCUACCAAGAUGGAGUGCCAGCAGCGGCUGGUGUGCGAGCUGCACCAGAACGAGAACACCUGGGGCACCACCGCCCGCAAGAUGAACGACGCCUUCGGGUACCUGCAGUACCUGGAGCUGCUCAACCUGCCCGCCGACCUGCGCACCGUGCUCGACCAGUACCUGGAGGCGGCCAACAAGGGCAGGACCAGCCAGAAGAGCUGCGAGGACAUGUACGCCGGCUGCGAGUUCAGCAUGAAGACCCUCAUCAACAAGUACAACGGCUCUAACAGCAUCUGAACACCCCCGGCCGACCGGCGACAGCUGACCAGUCCGUUGUUAACUUAUUGAUAGUUAUUUAUUGACGCGCUUGACGUGUGCGACGCCAGUGACGAAGGCCAAACGAGACGACAAAGACAUUGUUACGUGUGUGGCAGGAGCCGGGAGCCGGCAGGAGCCAGUGUACAUACGACAUGCGACGAACGACAGAGCCUAGUCCAACAUUCAAACUCUUCAUCCCGGUCCGGCGGGAGGGCCGCUUAGCACUCCUGGUAGUCGCGCCGCGCUGCGUUCAUGCAUUCGUUACCAAUAGUAUAUCAGCUAGCCGCUAGUUCCUGACGCACGACAUGACCUGACGAGACCCGACGCGACUUGACGGAGUGGGCCGGCCGAGAUCGGCGACACAUGGACCGAUGACGUCAUAGCGCAACGACUCUUUGUUUUCCAUGCUCGCCGAACGGCAGUAACGCUAGACUGUGCCUUAGUUUGCUGACGAUACUUGUUGACUUGCGCAUGCCUCCGACAGGGAUUGUUAUUGUUGCCUGUUGUUUCUGCAUACGUGACGCCCCCGAUGUUGUUGUGUUAUUUAUUGCUGCUCCAAUUGACGACGACUGACGUGUUCAUACGCAAUGUGACGCGAAGAAUGACAAUAAAAUUCCCCUCAUGUACGCCCAAA